GCAGAGAAUCGACAUUAAACCCUGGCCGCCAGACCUUCAAUUCCAUCCAGUAUAUCUGCAGAAUGAUUUCAAUAGGCUCCGCAGGAGGAUACGAACAAUUGAAAUUCAAAGAACUUGAAGACGGUAAAUUCACUGAAGGAGCAAAUAUUCGGUURACAGAUAUCCCUGAGGAAGACCUUGUAAUCGUAAAGACAUUUGCUAGUGGAGURAAUUAUGCUGAUGUUUGCAUUCGUUGGGGUCUCUAUGACUCAGCUAAACAAUACRUUGGCUGGCCUAUCACUCCUGGGUUUGAAUUCAGCGGCCAAAUAGUCGCCAAAGGAUCCAACGUUCAGGAAUUUGAGGUUGGACAAAAUGUCUUUGGUGUUUCAUUAUUUGGAGGAUAUUCUGAGAUGAUAAGAGUACCAUACAGGCAGCUUUUUCCAUUAMCAGAUAAACUGAAUAAGUAUGAAGCAGCUGGUUUUCCUGCAGUAUCCUUGACGGCAUGGUAUGCAAUGUUUGAGCUCGUGAGACCACGCCCAGGGUCCUGUUUGCUAGUUCACUCUGCCGCUGGGGGUGUGGGUAGUACCUUGGUGCAGUUAGCAAAGAUUGCUGGUUGUACAGUUGUAGGGGUUGUUGGUGCCUCACAUAAAAAAGAACUAGUCCAGCAACUUGGAUGUGACCAUGUGAUUGACAAGUCAAAAGAAAGUCUCUGGCAAARAGCAGAAGAAAUUUCACCCAAAGGCUUUGAUGCUGUAUUUGAUGCUAAUGGAGUAGCAACAUUGAUGGAUAGCUAUAACCAUCUUGCUCCAGGAGGAAAGCUUGUAGUUUAUGGUUUCCAUACAAUGUUGCCACGUUCAGACUCUAGUGGCUCAGGUAGUCUUGGAAUGUUUCAUUGGCUCAAGAUAGGAUGGAACUGGCUCUGGACUCCGAGAUUCAAUCCACUUGAGAUGACAAAUGAAAACAAGAGUGUUUUGGCUUUUAACCUUAGCUUCAUGUUUGACAGAAUGGAUAUCUUUAAAGAGGCUAUGACACAGUUGAUUGGAUGGGUUGACAAGGGUGUCCUAAGGGUGGGUAGGGUCAGUACUUAUCCGUUACAGGGGGUAGGACAAGCUCAUCGAGACCUUGAGUCAGGCCAAACGGUUGGGAAACUUGUUCUGACUAUGGAUAAAGAGAAGUGACUUAUAGAUCACAGAUGGGAUACAGAAAUCAAAUCAUAAACAUACAUUAUUUCAAAUAAUAGAAAAAAGGUUUUUUUAAAUAUAUGGACAUAGUUGGUUUUACCCCCAAAAAGCAUAAAAUGUAACUUUAAKAAUCAAUAGCGGACUUUAGAUAUUUUGGUUCAUUGACCAUGUACAAAAGAAUUGCAACGAGGCUCAACGGAAAUAAAAGAAUAAAUCAAGAUUGACCAUUGUUUUCCCUGAGCCUCGUGUACGUUCUUUUGUACAUAGUCAUUGAACCAAAAUAUCUAAAGUUAACUAUUUGUUUGUCAGUUUAUCAACAUAGAAAGACUACAUGCAAAUGCCUAUAGACUUUAAAUGUCACAAGGGCUGAGCAUUGCAGAAAUAGUCUAUUUGAAUUAUAAAUUAACUUACUAGCCAGAUCCUUUGGAGUAAUUGUACACACAAUCAUAUACACUCAUUAACAAAAGAUGACCUUUAUUUGCAAUAAAUACAAUUUCCAUGGUGCUGUGACCAUGGUUGCAAAACUGCUAAUAAAUAUAGAGUUGURACAGAUGAAAUUCAUUGGAAAUAAAAUUAAAAAGGGCUACAA